CUUCAGACCAGCACAGGAAACCUGCCCUCUAAUCAAACCAACUGCUCAAGUGCUGAAUCAGUUGGUAAACAGGAAUCCCAUCAGCUCCUGCCCUUUACUCAGUACAGCUCACACCAGCAACCUGCCAGAAUAGCAGACCUAUUGAUAGAGCAGAACAGGCCAACAACUCUUUAUGAACUUCAGAAACAACCUCCUGUCAUAUCACAUAUCAAG